AUGGGGCGCUUUCCCUGGAACAAUGGUCACUCCAAGCAAGGCAGUGACAAAAUGCAUACGGUCACUCAUGACUUCUUUUCGAAGGAUACCGCGGAGCCGUCAAGGCAGGCCUUGAAUGAAUUGAUAAAGGACCACUCAAGCCUCGAAUCCCCUACGAGUGAUGGAUCCCCGACGUAUCGAGGCCGAUCCAGGACUAACACAGUGAAUUCGUCUUUCUCACUCUACGCACGAUCUGUCUCUGAUGCUUCAAAUGAGAUGAUGUCUAGGCCUUCUUCACAGCAAAGCUUUGCUGAUGUUGUCCUGCCUCUUGCAGAUAGACAGGAACAUUCAACCAAAAGUUUGCUGUCAAGAGGUACUCGCAUGUUGAAGCGACAAGGAAGUAAGCUGAGCCUCUUGCCAUCCCCGUCUCAGGAUUCAUUCACACGAUCCGAUACUCGUUCUCCAGAACUGCCACCAACCUUUAAGAUCCAACGGCAAUCCACUAUCAAUUUGAAGCGUCCCGUCCUGAAGAAGAGUAUAUCUACACCGUUUGCCUUUCAACACUUGACACAUGCAGACCAAGGCCAGUUUCAAAGUAUCGACACCGUUACAAAGACUCAACUAGCUUCCGACUUUGAUUGCAUUCAGGCCGAACAACAAGCUGAAGACUCUGUCCGUGGGAUCCCCUUGGCUGAUCUUCGCGCUGUGCUUCCAGGUGUUGAAGUGGAUACUGUUGAGCCAACGUCGCCUACAACAGACGCCAUCCCGCUCCUCCCGACGACACCACCACGACCUCAGCCGCCACCGAAAGAUGGUUUGAUGUCGCCUUACAGUCCUUCGGACUUUCGCAUGUCUCGUUCUAUGGAGAACUUCUCUCGACCAACAAGAUUGUCAGUGACUGCAAGUGAUGUUAGUCCUCCAUCGAGGUCAGAAGUGAGACUCUCAGCUUUCAGCCCUAUCACUCGAACCAGUGUCCUGGGGAAACCUCUCCCACUUCUCCCCGACGUGGUUCAUGCAGUCUCAACCAUAGACGAUAUUGCAUUACCUCUUCCCACCGCCCCACUACCUUCUCCACCUAAAGUGCUGGAAGGUGUUCUUGAAGAGGAGGAACGGCCUGUAGAUUGUCUAUCCUCGUCGCCUCUGCUGGCAGCCACGCCACGCUCCUCUCGCGCGCAGGUCAAGGCCUCUCCAUCCCCGAGGCACAAAAGACGAAGCCAGUCAUCUGGAGAAGUCCAAUUUAAUGCAGCGUUCAAUAACGUGAUGUUGAUGAUGAAAGCCCAGUCACAACCAAGGGCCACUGCCAGCCCAGACACAAAAGUCAGAACUGCAAAGAAACGAAUUUCUAUCGGGGUGAAGCCAAUCGAGAUCGAGGAUUGGGAAGAUGCCAUUGAUUAUUCAUGGGAUCAUGCAACAGACUUGGAGGAGGUGACUGAAGAACCCUCCAGUGAUUCCACGAUAGCUUCCCAAACCAAUGCCCCAACCAGCUUGGGUGAGAAUUACUUGAUUGUUGAACAAGGCACUGUCGAGGAAACCUCUUCAUCUGCAUCAACUCCUCUCAUGAUGCAAGCAUACCCAAACACUACUCGGCAAUCCUCUCACACAAGUCUGGCGUCUUCCUUGUCUAAGAGUGACGAAGAACCUUCCUCGCCAUUGCUAGGCCUCGGGAUUGCAUCUCUUCCUCCUGUGCCAACUGUCUCUCUGACUGCGAAUGACCCAGUUGAUGCUUCUGUUGGAGACGCGGGCCGAUUCGACCCCUUGGAAUCAUUUUCCCCUACAAUGUCGCGAACUCCCAAUUCGACAAUGAGCAAAUCGAGCUCACAGGAGAGCAUUAUCCUCUCUAUCGCCUCCUCGGUGAUUGGAACGCAAAGGUCUUCCAACUCUAGCACAAGCUUGUCUGAUUUCGCCCAUCUGGCGAAUUUCGGAGAUUCCAUGGAGAAACUGGAUCUUCGUGGGUCAACCUCCUCGAUCGAGACGCGUAAUAGAGAUGGCAGUCAAGACACUAUUCGUGAAGGGUCUCAGUCAUCACCUACAAUCGGCACCAUGCCUGUUCAUUCUGAUAUCUGUGAUAUUCCGGGCAAGAAGCAUGACCGGGUCGCCUCGGCAUCACAGAUCACUAUACCAGAGAGGAAAUCAUCUAUUCCUGGAACUGAAGGAAGCAAGAUACCAGGUGGUCGCAGACGAGCAAAUACUGCAAAUUCGCGGCCACGGCGCAACACCCGAGUGUCGUAUUCAUUGUUUCCUUCUGCGGGACCUAGCUGA